AUGGCGGCGGCGGCGGCGGCCGGGCGGUGCGGGCGGGACCCGUGCGGCGCCGUCUGCCCGCUGCUCACCUACCUGGGCGUGGGCUACGCCGACUACGCCGUGCUGGCCCACGUCCUGCCGCAGCCCGCCCUGCGCGGCAGCCCCUGGUGUCCCUUCCACGCCGCCGCCUUCAACCUCAUCGUGCUGCUGCUGCUGGCCUGCCACACGCGCGCCGUCCUCGCCGACCCCGGUGUGGUUCCCCUCCCUGACACCGCCAUCGACUUCUCCGACCUGCGCAGCGGAGCUCCGCGGAAGCCCGAGCGGAGCCAGGAGGACUGGACAGUGUGCGACCGCUGCGAGGCAUACCGCCCGCCCCGCGCCCACCACUGCCGCAUCUGCCACCGCUGCGUGCGCCGCAUGGACCACCACUGCCCCUGGAUCAACAACUGCGUUGGGGAGUUAAACCAGAAAUACUUCAUCCAGUUCCUCUUCUACACUGGGCUGGCCAGUCUCUACGCGGCAGGGCUGGUGCUGGCCGCCUGGCUGUGGCCGGAGAGCAGGGGCCCGGCAGGGAUGGCAGCGGGAGGAGACAUCGCCAACAACCGCAUCCAGACGGCUCACUGCAUUGUCCUGCUGCUGGAGUCCCUCCUCUUCGGGGCUUUUGUCACCGUUGUGUUUUACGACCAGGUCGUGUCGAUCAUCACGGACAAGACACCCCUGGAGCACCUUCGCAAUCGGGGGCUAAAGGAGACGAACCGCGAGGGACUGCGCCCCCCGAAACCCAAACUGACGCUGCUGCAGGAGGUGUUCGGGCGAGGCUUCGUGCUCUGCUGGCUCUUCCCCUGGAGCUGCAGCCCCUCCACGGGCAUUGGCCCCAAGUACAGCCCCCUGCCCGGCCACUACGUCUGAACUCCCCGCGCCCGGCACGUGGGAGGAUGCUGGAAACGCGCUGACAGCGGCUUCGUGCUGGGAUGCGGAGCUGCGGUGGAGCUUCACCACCUCUGUGCCCGGCAGUGUGAGCCCUCUGCCCCCCCGGGGGUGAAUCUGUCACCCCCAAAGCCUGGGCAUCCCCCUGGCAGCACCGAGCCGGUGCAGCAGUAAGGUCCUGGGGCUCCCCAGCACAGCGGGUGCCCGGCCCCACCG